AUGGACGAAAUUCCGAAGUUGGCUGGCUUGGACGGUCUUAUCGGUCGUUCAGCCUGGGUGCUUGGAUCAACCCAGCCACAGAUCAAAAAUGCUGGAGUGAGAAUAUCACUCACCAUUGGAGACCUCGACAAUAUCUGGGGUGCUGUCUUUUUGGACGAGGAAAAGGAAGACAAUGAAGCUCACUAUCUUUUGUCGAUGAAUAGAGGAUUCAUUAUUCAAUCAUCAAGCAAUGAACACUCCCAUGUCCUUGAUUCGGAGACCGAAUGUUAUUGA